CAUCACAACAUUUAUGGCAGCAUUUAAUUGAAUUGAUUGCCAUGCAUUUUUCCAAUAUAUCCUCGAUAUAAAAAAAACAUUAAAUAUAAAUUAACCCAAAAACAUACUUAUUUAUGUAAAACUUUCUCCUACAUAAUCUGUGAAUCUUCUUUUCAUGUUUCUCUGUUACCAUCCUUUUCGGUCCCUACUUAAAAGAACCGUCAGCUAAUCCCCUUUUAAGAUAAAAAAUCUACUCGCCUAAACAUAAUACGAUAAUUUUCUUUUAGGUAUUUAUUUUCAGGAAAUGGGAAACGAAGCAACUCUGAGAUCGUCAAUGGUAGGUCUUGCAAUGGUGAUGGUGUUUGUAUGGAUAUGGACACAGUCUUUAAAGAAGACGGUCGUUACUUACGCCAUCGGUGUUUCUCUGAUAGGCGGCAUAAUUUUGCCGGAUUGGGACUUCUUUGAUCGGAAUUUCUCUCGGUGGGGCUAUCCUGUCACCGCCGAGGAAAGAGCCGCCGCUCUCUCCCGUAAAUCUCAACGUUCAAGGUUUAGAGUGUACCCUAUGAGGAUGGUUGUAUACGGUAUGGUCUACGGAUAUGCAGUGUAUAGAUGGUGGAUGUUCGUGUCAAAUUGAAGCUAUGUUUGUAUUAAUCGUCCAUGAUUAACAAAUUAUGUUAGCUUUAUUUCUUUUUUCUCUUUCAUAUAGAAUUGAUUUUGAUAUUUAAAUAAUAUGUAAGACCCACCCAAAAAAAAACAUGAAAGACCCACCAGAUUACAUAUUGAUUGCCACGAAAGGUUGGUCAAAAUUGUUAAAUAAAUAUUUGUCAAGUUGUAAUGAAAAUUUUCAGACAGAUUAAAAAUGUUCAAACAAACAAUAAUUGAAUAUUUGCAUGUAGAUACAAAAACUAACAGAGCCUAAAUAUUUGUCAAGUUGUGAUGAAAUUUUUCAGGCAGAUUAAACUUUGAGCUUGAUUCUAUAUGGUGCAAACCAUUUUAAAUUUUAUUUUAUCAUUGAAGCUUAUUGCCAAAUAUUUUAAGUUAAAGUUUAUUAUGAAUUAUUUGUAAUCUACAAUCUCAAAAAA